AUGGAUGAAUUGGCGGUUCUUAAGGUGGCUUUCACAUGGCACAACUUGCAUUUGCUAAAUACGACAUCUAGUGAUGGAAUUAACGUGGAGUACCAUGGUGGUUCGAGCUGGCAACAACAGCUGACCAACCUCAUCCCGACCGAUGAUCGUUUGUUUCAGUUUUUAGGAGGCAAAAAGAUUUGUCUUGUGCUAAUAAUUACUUUGUAUUGUUGUGUUUUAUCUAUUCUUAGAAUAAUUGUGAUAUUUGUGGCGACCAUCAGUUUUAUGUGCGUUACAGAAGCUCUUAUCUAUGAGUGUGAUCAUUACAGCUCUACUGGUGAUUAUAACUUGCGCCACUGCACGCUGCACGGUGUAACCGUUGUCCACGAUGCAGAAGACGUAGAUUUCUCAUCCGAAUAUCCUCGCCCUUACUGGUUCGAGUUUCAGCAGUCACGUAUGGAAGAAAUUCCACGCUCACUGUUCACAACCUUUCCCGAGAUGCAAACGAUCGACUUGCGGAACACGGGCAUCGAGAACAUAAACAAGUUUACGUUUGAAAAAGCCAAACAGUUGCGCCAUCUGGUUCUGCACGGUAACAGGCUCAAGGUGCUUAACAACUUCAUCUUUAAGGGUUGUGAUUUGUUGGAGUGGCUCGAUCUGUCCCACAACCAGUUGCAGGAAGUGAAGGAGAAAACGUUCCACGAUAUACCGCUGGUGAAAGAGCUCUACUUGGAUCACAACCGGCUGGUAACGCUACCGGAGGAUGUGUUUGGAGAGUUACCGAAUCUAGCCGUCCUAUCGCUGAAUGAUAAUUUGCUGACGACGCUUGGUGAGCGAAUAUUUGGCUACAGUCAGCUUAUUUCUUUGAACCUUAACUUCAACCAGUUGCGAACAAUUCACCUAAAGGAUGCACAUCAAUCGUGGCAGAAAGUGUAUUUGCGUGGAAACCUUCUCACAAGUGUAGUGUUGCCUUCCGUGGCUGUUGAAAUUGAUCUUUCGCACAACAAUCUAACAACGAUCGAGAUCCCGUACGAACAAAUGGCGGUAAAAUUGCUCGAUCUGUCGCACAACUUGUUUAACAAUAUAAGCAACAUUUCGUCGUUGAGCAAUCUAAAUACGCUGGAUUUAUCGUUCAACUCGUUGCAAUCGCUACCGUUGACCACCUUCCUGAAGAUGAACCAGCUUAGAGAGCUUAAUCUGGAGGCUACCAAUCUGACGACCCUGGAGCACGGUAUCUUCUCCCAGCAGUACAAUCUAACCCGGCUUGAUGUGUCUUUUAAUAGGCUUCAAAAGCUCGAUCUGACGGUCCUGACAGCUGCAGCACGGCUUGAACAUCUCCACAUCGACGGUAACAACCUGACCAGCAUCCAGUACCAACGUCUUCCGGCGAUGUUUCCUUCGCUAGGCUAUCUCGGACUGUUUGCCAACUCGUGGAACUGUAGCUAUCUCGUGGAUGUGGUACACUUCUGUCGACAGCAUUCGAUCAAGGUGGAACCACUGAAAGCUUACGGCACCACACUGGAUGCAUCCAAUGUGCAGGGUAUCUACUGUAAGAGCACCCAAGAAUCUGUGCUUCCCGUGGUAGCACCGAUAGAUCAUCCAUUGUCCGGUGGAAAAUCGUCACCAGGCGAAUUCACGAAUGAUCAGCUACUUCAAAUGUUACGAGACAUGAAUCGGACAACGGAACAACUGCUGCACGAGAUGGUACGAUCGAUUCAUGAACGGGCCGGAAAUGGUGGUGUGGUUGGAGCAGGAAGUCCAGCAAUAGUGUCCGCUUCCUGUACCGAACUUCACGCGUACAACUAUCAGGUGUUUAUACUGUUAAUUUUGUCUGUAAUACUGAUCAUCAACGUAGGGUUUCUGCUGUGGAUACAGCACAAUGCGAACGUGCGCCGAGCGGUCGAUCGAACGAUCAUCUUCCGACGCGAACAAGGCGCCUCCGUUCAAACGGCUCUGCACGAAGAGCUAUGA